AUGAAGACUUCAAUCAUCGCCGCCGCCGCCAUCGCUGGUGUUGCAACUGCCACCAAAGGGAGCUCAGGUUACGGCGGGUAUGACUCGAAAGCCAACGACUGCCCUUUUGUCCCGUCCCCCGACCAGUACAUUCUGUUCGCCGAUAACAUCCAGACGAUUUCGCGAGUUGACAAGGACAAGUCGUUCCUCAGAUCCCAAGAUCUCUACGUUGAGACGCCCGGAGACCUCGGCACUGCGUCCAGCUUCACCGUUCCAGACUUUGCGACUGGCGCCAACUGCUCCAUCAAUUUGGCCGUUCCCACCUCUGACCAGGUCUUGGGCGAUCUCAGCCAGGUGACCUUCAGUGGAUAUGGAAACUUCAAUUUCACCCGCCUGCUCAACAACCUCCCCAGCAGUGGCCUGACCGCCAACACACUGGGCACCGAAGUCCCCACUGGAUCUCAAAAAGUCAUCCCAGGUGAACUCUUAACCCUGGCGAGCUUUCCGUGCCCACCUCCCGGCACGCAGCUCCCCGGCAUCAUCGACUCCAUCGAUACCGUCCUCAUCCUCAAGGAUGCCCUUGGCCCGGUCUGCCUGUCCGGUCUGUUCGUCAUCAUCGAGCCCGUCGGCAACCCACCUGCGAGCCCACCUCGUCCGGCUGCCCCACCUGCUCCUGCUGCGACCACUUCGACCGGCGGCGGUGACCACACGUACAGCACGUACAGCACCGCCGCGACUUACAGCAGCGUCUGGCACUCUUGA